CUACCUAUUUUUCUGUGUGUUUCAGGCACGUUAGCGGUGAUUAUCGGAGCCUUCAAAGACAAUAAAGUUCAAAUUGAUCUGCAAGAAGGAAUUGUGAGUGGUUACAGUCCUGAUGUGGAGUUCCUCACUUCUCCAAAAGAAUCAACAAACGAUCGAUGCACCAGCCAAGCAGUAAUCAAAGUAGAUUUAUCGGGAAAAUAUCGAAGCGUUAGCCUCUAUCUGGAAUAUGGUGAAACUCCAAAACAAUGGACUUUAGAUAUAUCAGAUUCUGCAACUGGAAAUGGUUAUGGUGGCGACAAUGGCACCACUGGUAAUAUGGCCGAAGUACAUAUUUGCAAUAAACAGCUACGUAUUUAUGGUAACAAUUUACCAGGUUAUAUGGACGCCUCUGAAAAUGGCGGCCUGCUUAUGAAAGUAGUUGAUAACUUUGUGAAAAAAGGUGCUAAAGUCAAUGUAAACAUCAGCGAUGAAAGUGUUGAGUGGUCACGUGGCAGGAAGCACGGUCAUCUUAAAUCUGAGUAUCUUUUUACUCUAAAUGGCCAAAAACCUUCUUACGGAAGUGUGGAUUACAAUAUCUAUAUUGCAUUCAAUCGUGUUGUGGCAGGAGCUUACCGCAAUGGCAGCGGACUAUGCAAAGCAACGAUUCUCUUACAAGACACACCAGACAUUUCUGGAAUGCAGAGACCUGUUAACCUGUGCAGUCAAGGAUUGCACAACUGCAGCACUGAUGCCAUCUGCAUUGACUUAAGAAGAACGGGACGGAAACCUUACAAGUGCAAAUGUAAAUCUGGUUUCUAUGGUAACGGAAUUAUCUGCUACGACGUCGACGAAUGUGCUACAGAGAACGGAGGCUGUGUACACAAGUGCGAAAACCAACCGGGAAAUUACUCUUGUAGCUGCAUGGAAGGUUUUCAACUCUCAGAAGAUGGUCAUAAUUGUGAAGACAUCGAUGAAUGCAAACAGAGCCAACGUCUCUGUGACCAGCUCUGUAUCAAUACCCAGGGGAGUUAUGUGUGCUCAUGCAAACCUGGAUAUUACCUCAGCCCUGAUGGACGAACUUGCACAGCCGACUCUAAAUGUCACCGAGCCUUCGGUUGUGCUCAGAUCUGCAGACCAAUGACACAAGGGCAUCAUUGUGCCUGUCUGAAGGGGUACCGCUUGCAUCCUAAUCGGAGGGAUUGCAUUCUAACCUGUGCGAAGGGAAAUGGUGGCUGCCAACACCGAUGCAAAGAUACUGAAUUAGGACCAGAAUGCAGAUGUGUGUCAAAAUAUAAUCUUGGAGGAGAUAAGAAGUCUUGUAUAGCGUCCUGUAAAGUGAACAAAGGAGGCUGCCAGAAGCAAUGUAUCGAUACGAAAACAGGGCCGAAAUGUACGUGCCCCAGUGGUUACAAGUUACAUACAGACAAGAAGAGCUGUUUAGAUAUUGAUGAAUGUGCAGAUGGAGGUGGAGGUUGUAGUGACAAUUGUGUCAACACCCACGGCAGCUACGAAUGUACAUGUCCUAAAGGAUUCAAAACUCUAAGUGAUCUGAAAACAUGCACAGAUAUAGACGAAUGUUCAAUACCGUCUACAUGUGAUCAUAUUUGUAUUAACACACCUGGAAGUUUCCAUUGUAAAUGCCGACCAGGUUAUGAAAAUUAUGGUAUCACACAUUGUGCAGAUGUGAAUGAAUGCACCAAUAAUAUUGGAGGUUGUGAACAAGGUUGUGAAAAUACAGAAGGAAGUUUUAAGUGUAAAUGUAAAGAAGGUUAUCGACUUCACCCCAACCAAAAGGAUUGCAUGAGAGCAGAUGUUUGCAUCCGUCUGAAGACACCAGCCAAAGCCCAACUGUUAUGUCAAAAUGUCGGCGACACAAAUAUGUGUAUUUUACGCUGUAACAGCAACGCCCAUUUCACGAGUGAUGCUUCACGGACUGACUAUACAUUCAUAUGUAAUAAAGAGACAAAGUAUGAAUGGUCCCACAACAAUAAAACCUAUGUAGUCCUUCCAAGUUGUUCCGAUGCUGUUCUUCCACCCGGUUUCAAGCGGAAAGCUGUAUUUCUGAUGAUGACAGCAGAAAAAUGCCGGUUGAAGAAGCACACAACGGACAACUUCAAGGAAAACCUAUUACAGACAUUACACAAGAAGAAGCGUUAUAAAUGUACAAAACUGUGCCACGUACAGAACGUUAGCUUACAAUGUGGAACGAAAAGACGCCGCUUCCGACAAACAUUGAGCAAACAAAAGACAUAUAUUACCGCUGAAUUUGAAAUCGAAGUUGCUCCUAAAGCCCCGACAGAAUCUUGUAAUAUUAAUUGUACCCGAAAGAAAACGGAGAGACGUCUGAAGAAGACCAUUAAAAGACUUCGGCGUUCGAUUAAUAAAGAAAAGUUCUCAGUCAUAUUUGAAAAUAUCCAGUAUGGCGUACGAAAGCGUUCCUUUAAAGCUGCCAGAACAUUGAUGACAUGCCGAAAAGGAAAUAUUCUUGUUAACCAAGAAUGCAUAUCCUGCAGCAUUGGUACAUACCAUGACGUGGAGAAAGAUAUUUGUGUACCCUGCAGUCACGGGAAAUAUCAAGAUAUGGAAGGACAGACUGAAUGUAAAAAUUGCCCAAACCAAGCGGAGGGUAAGGGUGUUCUAGGUGCCAAAAACAUCUCAGACUGUGCUGGCCUAUGUAGUCGUGGUUAUUUUGCUGAUGAUGGACUUGAGCCAUGCCAACCUUGUCCAAUUGGAACAUAUCAAACAGAUAUUGGGCGCACCAAAUGUAUCCCAUGUGGUCGUUCUAUAAAAACAAGAGGUGUCGCUUCCACCAGUUUUCAAGACUGCAUCGUCAAAACGAUCUGUGGACCUGGUCAUUUCUAUGAUGUGGAAAGUGAAAGCUGUAAAGACUGUCCAAUUGGCUUUUACCAAUCAGAAAGCAGCCAAAAUUUCUGCAUUCCUUGUCCCGGAGACACAACCACAGAUGGAGGAAACAGUAAGAACAGUUCCGACUGCAAAAAUCGGAAAUGUGGAGGUUACAUCGGACUUUUACGGGGUAGAUUAGAAAGCCCAAAUUAUCCCGGGGAUUACCCUAACAAUGUCAACUGCACCUGGUUUAUCAAACCAGGAAAAGGUCGACGCAUUCUCAUCAUCAUUCCAGAAAUAUUUCUACGAGCAGAAGACAAAUGUGGAGAUCAAUUGGUUAUGAGAAAAUCAAAAUCGGCAUUUUCUCUACAAACUCACGUGACAUGUGUUAGCACAGAAAGACCUCAAGCAUACGUUGCCCGGUCCAGAAAUUUAUGGAUUACUUUCAAAACAGAUCAGAAAAAUACAGGCGCAGGUUUUUCUAUACCAUAUGUAACUUACAAUGAAGAGUACCAAGACUUAAUGGAGGACAUUGUAACGGAUGGUCAACUCUAUAAACCUUAUCAACAUCAACAGCUUUUUAAAAACCGAUAUCUACUUUCAAUUCUUCUAGAUGUCAUUGCUCAGCCAAUCAAGUUUUAUUUCUAUGCUAAUGUAUCAAAAACUCUAGUACCGGAAUCAUUUUUUAAACUUCUACAGCCAAAAGUAACGAAAUUCUUCGACUAAAUGUGUUUUAGUUCAUUUUCCUUUUUUUUUUUAUCUGUUUAUAUAUAUAUAUAUUUUUGUCUUUACCCGUUGCCCACAGCUGUUUGACGUCUAGCGACAACGAGAAGGUUUGAUGCUAGCAAAUGAGUGAAAAUUCCACUGCUGUGGCAAACAGAAAUACUGAUUUUUAAACUAAAGACUCAAUCACAUACAUAAAUAAAGACAAUAUAGGAGGUACUGUUGACACAUUAAAUACCUUUAUUAAUAUAUUUAGAAAAGUUUUAUAGACACGCCAUUAAUAGGAAUAUUGAUAAAAAUGUUUAAGUAUACAAGAAACAAGAUAUAAUAUAGCCGUUGAUUAAAAGAGGGUGAAUACAUACAUGUGUGUAUAUAUAUGUGUAUGUAUGUAUGUAUGUAUGUAUGUAUGUAUGUAUGUAU